GAGGUCUUCUGAAUGUUAUCAAACCCAGGCGGGAUCUCGAGCGAGCGCAGCAGUUGUUGACCAUACAUUCAAGAGGGACCAAGGACUAGGCCCUCAAGACAUCGAAGCGUCAUCUCAUGAGUGAAAUUUCUUUAAAUGCAAUUUGAAAACCCCUGGAAUUGCCUCGAGGCUGAUAAAGCGCUGAGUGCCCCGGUUCACAUUAUGUAUAAAGCUUAUACUUGACCUGCAUUUGGUGCGCUUGUACCCCCAUUCGACCCGGAUCUGAUGGCAACCGCUCUGAUCAACGUCCUUCUUGCCUCCAAUGUUUAUUCGGCGCCCAUCCCCCUCACAAUAUGACUUGUUUCCUGCAAAAUGUAUCUGUUGAGUGCAACGAUCCCCGGAAUUAUCGAACGAUGUGGGGCAUCGUCUAUAGCUGUCUCCUUACCGUCUUUGCUUGCAUUUGGACGGCAGUCCACCCAAAUCUACCACGAACCGAUGAUGAUGCCUCGGUAUUUAAAUCGCGCGUUCUCUUGAUGGUCCUUUCACUGGUUUCACCGGAGUGGACUCUGGCGCGUGCAUGGGCCGAAUUCGUGAUAUCUCGGAAAACAUCAGAAAAAUGCGAGAUGGUCGAAGGGUGGACCUUGACGCAUUCAUACUUUGUUGCCAUGAAUGGUUUCUUUGACCCAUCAAAAGGAAGCUCUGUGGACCCGAAUGAGUUGCAACAAUACCCCGAGAUAAUCGAGAACACCGGGAAUACUAGAUGGGCCGCAAUAACAAAGGAGGAAAUACUUGACAAAAGCAAAGGCGAUUCGUUUUCCAAAUUUAUCAUUAUCCUUCAACUACUAUGGUUUAUUACUCAGUAUGUCGGACGAUGGGCAAGCCAUUUGCACACAUCGCAACUCGAGACAAUGACACUGGCGUAUGCAGCAUUAUGUCUCCUUCUUUACGUGUUGUGGUGGCAUAAGCCCGUUAACGUUCAAUUGCCAAUCUAUGUGACACGAAAGUCCCGUUCCAUUCCUCCGACUUUCGAGACAAAUGUCGAUCAACCACCACCUAAAACGGAGACUGUUGCAGAUCCGAUGUCCCUCGUGCAUGUGUCUGGGCUCAAGGCCAUGGAAGCCUUCAUCAUGUCGGGAACGAUUAUAUGGCGGGUUUCAGCAAUAUCUAUCACAGUGGCUCCUGCCUUUCUAAUUUUGAUCGCAUGGGUUGUUGAUGAUAUUGCGGGUAUAGGAGCACUUACUGUACUUGUUUACAUUUCUGCGCGGAUCAUCCUGCUUGUUCUGACCUUCAGUUCUUUUCGUUCACCUCCACCUGAUCUAUACCAGACCCAUCUUG